CGCUCGUGAUGUCAUCGGUUGGCGACGCUUUCCCGGUGCCCAGGGGAAUGAUGGCGGAUGCAUUGAAUGUCGGGGUGAAUCUGGAGGCCUUUUCUCAGGCCAUUCACGCUAUCCAGGCCCUGCGGUCCAGUGUCACACGGGUGUUUGACUGCCUGAAGGAUGGCAUGAAAAACAAGGAGAGCCAGGAGUCCAGGGAGAGGGCCUUCGUCAGCGAGUUCCAGGACAACCUGCACUCUGUCAACAGGGACCUCAAUGAGCUGGAACGUCUCAGUAACCUGGUUGGUAAGCCCUCAGAGAACCAUCCUCUCCAUAACAGUGGAUUACUAAGCCUUGAUCCUGUUAAUGAUAAGACACCCCUCUACAGUCAGCUCCUUCAGGCGUACAAGUGGUCGAACAAGUUGCAGUACCACGCAGGACUGGCGUCUGGUCUCCUUAAUCAGCAAUCUUUAAAGCGUUCCGCCAAUCAAAUGGGUGUGUCUGUAAAGCGAAGGCCGAAAGCCCAACCCACCACGCUAGUCCUUCCACUUCAGUACAUUGAUGAUGUCAUUAACCGAAUUGAUCGAAUGUUCCCUGAAAUGACCAUUCAUUUGUCAAGACCCAAUGGUACCUCUGCCAUGUUGCUGGUGACUCUUGGCAAGGUGUUGAAGGUUAUCGUAGUGAUGCGAAGCCUUUUCAUUGACCGCACCAUAGUGAAGGGUUACAAUGAAAACGUCUAUACCGAGGAUGGGAAGCUGGAUAUAUGGUCGAAAUCCAAUUACCAAGUCUUCCAAAAGGUAACGGACCAUGCCACCACUGCUCUCUUACAUUACCAGCUACCACAGAUGCCAGAUGUUGUGGUCCGAUCCUUUAUGACCUGGUUAAGAAGUUACAUCAAGCUGUUCCAGGCCCCUUGCCAACGCUGCGGGAAGUUUUUGCAGGACGGUCUACCACCCACCUGGAGGGAUUUUCGCACCUUAGAAGCUUUCCAUGAUACUUGUCGGCAGUAGAUGAAGAACUUGGUGGGAUAUGGACAAACUGUUCCACUGGGGAAAUAACCAGCAAAUUUUCUACUGCAGUGGAAAAGACUUGGAUAGACUUGGGACAAAAUGAAUAAAAUGUCAAAGCGGGCUCCAGAAGAAGGUGAAGUUUCAGACUAAUGAUAUUCAGAAUGAAGAAAACAAGGACCUCUGAACCUUAGAAGAAAAGAUGUGCUCUCAGUGGGCUAUUGUAAUGCCAGAGGCAUUGAUCUAUAUACUUCUCUUAGCAGGGGCAAGUCACUGACAUUUUAGACUGAAUCAGAACUGGGAGUCCAGGAAAUAGAAUUAACGAUCAGUUCAUCUAUUCCCUAAUCUUGACAACCACUGCUCGAAUAUAUUGUCAGUUCUUCUACAGCCAAGAGUUUUAUAUCCAAUUGUUUUUGUAAACCGAAAGAUAUCAAAACUUUUCACUAACAUUUUUUUAUUAAAAUUUACAGGCUAACUUAAAUUGUACUUUUUUUGUGUUUGGGAGGUAGAGGUGUCUGGUUGAAUGAAGAUCUAGGGUUGUCAAAAGUUAGAACCUCAGGCUAGCAAAGCAUUAUGGGAGAUGUAGGAUCAAGCAUUUGGCCACCCCUGAUGAUAGCUGAUAUGACAACGUCCGUCUGGGAAAUUUGUGUUAUGGAAACACUGCACUGGUAACCUAAAGCAGGAUCUCUUCAAGGGCUUGGGGGGCAUAUGUGUACCCCCAGCUCUCCAAUGCCACCCAACAUAGUAAACGAUAAUGCAUUCUUGUGAAUACA